UACACUCUUGGGAUACCGCUACGCCGUUAGCUGAAUUUUAAUGCGCCGAUAUUUCCCUUCAUAUAAAUUGAAACUUCGUAACAGUGUAUUUAUGACUCAACUUAUUGCAUGAGAGAAGAGACGCUCAAAUUGCAUGUAUAUUUUAUCAUGGAUUUAGACACCAGGGUAAGAAAUUAGCAAGCUCCUGCAAAGUGUUCUGAUAAGUUAGCCAGUUAGCAGACCUCAACGUUAACGUUGUGCGGUGCUGGUCAGGGUUUUUUACAUACCGACUUUACUAAUUGAAUACAUUUAAUGCAAACCAAGCAGGACAUGUUUACGAUAGACCAAGUGCUCUCCUAUGGAGCAAGUAUUAGUUAGCUCUCAGCCAUUAUUAACUUGACACCUCAGGUUCACAACAAAGUCAAACUUCAUAAAUCAGCUAGCGUUAGCAAAAGGAUAACGUGAAGUUAAAGGCGUCAGUGGAUAUAGGCGGAUUAAUUAAUUUAGUUGGUAAGCUCUAGCUGUCCAUUAUACCUUAUAGAUGAGGUGAACAAUAAAGGGAUUUUUAUUAUUAUUCAUCACGAUUAAACGACUUUGAUUAACGGUGAAAUGGCUGACGGUGACGACGAUGUCCCCUUAAUUUUGACCUGGGACGACGACACAAACAGCGGUUUGCUGACGGACGACGCAUCUGAAAGACCCGAUGAAAAUGGAGUUAGUGGAUACGAUAUCAUGAACAACACCGCCAUGCCAAACCCAGGAGUACCAAACACAAGAACCCAGACUUCGCUUCAGCAGAGCUGGGAGAUGAACUAUCAAGAGGCAGCCAUUUACCUACAGGAGGGCGAGAACAACGACAAGUUCUUCACCCACCCCCGAAACCCGCGUGCGCUGAGUGCGUACCUGUUCGCCCACAACCACCUGUUCUACCUGAUGGAGCUGGUGACGGCGGUGCUCCUCAUGCUGCUGUCCCUGUCCGAGGCCCCCGCCGUGCCCUCUCUACGUCUGGACGUAUAUGUGCACGCAACGCUGGAGCUGCUGGCCUUGGUCAUGGUGGCGUUUGAGCUGUGCAUGAAACUACGCUGGCUUGGCUUCCACACCUUCAUUCGGCACAAAAGGACCAUGGUUAAGGCAUGUGUCCUGUUCAUCCAGUUCAUUGAAGCCAUCGUGGUGUUGGUCCGGCAGACCUCUCAUCUGAGAGUGACCCGGGCCCUGCGGCCCAUAUUCCUGGUGGACUGUCGCUACUGUGGCGCUGUGCGCAGGAACCUGCGGCAGAUAUUCCAGUCCCUUCCUCCCUUUAUUGAUAUUUUGCUGCUGCUUCUGUUCUUCAUGGUGAUCUUUGCCAUUCUCGGUUUCUUUCUGUUCUCGUACAAUCCAGCUGAUCAAUAUUUCAGAACCUUAGAGAACAGCAUAGUGAGUCUCUUCGUCUUGCUCACCACUGCCAAUUUCCCAGAUGUCAUGAUGCCGGCGUAUUCGCGGAAUCGCUGGUCUUGUGUCUUUUUCAUAGUGUAUCUCUCCAUUGAGCUGUACUUCAUCAUGAACCUGCUCCUGGCCGUAGUCUUUGAUACUUUCAACGGUGUUGAGAAGAUGAAGUUCAAAUCCCUGCUCCUCCACAAGAGGUCUGCAGUAGAGCAUGCCUUUCAGCUGCUGGUGAGUCGACAGAGACCAGACGGAGUGACCCUGAAGCAGUUUGAUGGGCUGAUGCGCCACUACCGCCCCCGGAUGAGCGCCCGCGACCGCUUCCUCACCUACAAGGCUCUCAACCAAUCAGGAGCUUCCAUGUUGAGUUUGGAAGACUUUUAUAAGUUCUACGAAGUGAUUGGUCUUAAAUGGAAGGCCCGACGGAGUGGAGAACAUUGGUUUGAUGAACUACCGCACACAGCUUUCCUCAUUUUUAAAGGAAUAAACCUCCUCGUAAAAUCCAAAGCGUUCCAGUUUGCCAUGUACAUUGUUGUUGCUGUUAAUGGGAUAUGGAUAUUAGUUGAGACUACAGUAUUGAACAGUGAUGUGUCAUGGUCCAGAUUUGUCCCUUGGAGCUAUGUGGUCUUCCUCACAAUCUAUGGUGUUGAGGUGAUGUUAAAGAUCACAGGUCUUGGACCACUGGCUUACUUCAGCUCAGGAUGGAACUUGUUUGAUUUCUCCGUGACGGUGUUGGCCUUUCUGGGCUUGAUUGCUCUUGCCUUCAAUAUGGAGCCAUUCUACUUUAUCGUGGUUCUCAGGCCUCUUCAGCUUCUGAGAUUAUUCAAAAUCAAACAGAGGUAUCGCAAUGUGUUGGACACCAUGUUUGAGCUCUUUCCACGUAUGGCCAGUCUUGGCCUCACCCUCAUCAUCUUUUACUACUCCUUCGCUAUUGUUGGGAUGGAGUUUUUUGCCGACGUUGUGUACCCUAACUGCUGCAACACCAGUACUGUAGCUGAUGCCUAUCGCCAGAUCAACGUGACCAUUGGCAAUGAGACCGUACUGCAGGAGGGAUACUAUUAUCUCAACAACUUCAACAAUAUUUUGAGUAGCUUUGUCACAUUGUUUGAGCUGACUGUAGUGAACAACUGGUACAUCACCAUGGAAGGGGUGACCUCGCAAACAUCUCACUGGAGCAGGCUCUACUUUAUGACUUUCUACAUUGUCACUAUGGUUGUGAUGACUAUUAUCGUGGCCUUUAUACUCGACGCGUUUGUCUUCAGAAUGAACUACAGCCGCAAGAACAAACAGGAAGAAGCUCUCGAGGAUCCAGAAGGUGAGAAGGGCAUCGUGUUUGAGGCAGAGGUGAGCCGGGCAGAGGCACUGCAGGCUCUGGAGUUCUACAAACACACUCCGGCCAACUCCAGCCUCAGCUCUCUCCACCAAGUGUGUGUGGCCAUGGAGCGCGGAGGGCAUGUCUCGGUGGUCUUCCUUGGACGCCGGUCACGCACCAAAAGUGAUCUCAGUAUGAAGAUGUACCAGGAAGAGAUUCAGGAAUGGUAUGCGGAGUACACCAGAGGUGAGCUCACUCCGCUGGGCGAAUCUCCUGAGAGUGACCUGGACUGCCCUGUCAUCUCCACGCACAGUAUCAACUAGGCCCAGGGCUGCCCAAACCCAACUAGGCCCAGGCCUGCCCAGCCAAACAGACAGACUCACACGCUCUGAACCCUGCGUUGUCUAAAACGGAGCACUCCACGGACCAGGAGACUGUGUGAUCAUGCCACAUUCGAUGGAUAUGUACAACUCACUUGAUACCAUCCUGUUCCUUUAAGCAAACUAAGGAGGGCCUGCCCUCUUCCUACCCUACCCCAUUCCCCACUCUACUCUCUAAAGUGUUGGAAGGACCAGGACAGAGCUUCUCAGAGACCAAUCGGAUGUACUUGCACAUUUCAGGACCCUUUAAGAAGAAACAAACAAAAAAGGUUGACAUGACUUCAGCAGUGCUGCAGGAUGUUGAGAAAGAACAGCUAAGUCCAGUCGUCUACCCAGAUGGGGUUAUAGAGCUAUCGAAGCUAAGCUAGGUCUUCCUGCCUUCUCUAUGUGUUUUAGCAUUUAGCAUCCUGUCCAUGUUGCUAGCAGCUACUAUGGCAUCAUGUCUUACGAAAAUGCCAACGAAAGUUCGUUCUUAAAAAAGAAAAAAAGCCGCAAAGGACGUUCGCCGUGACCACACACUGCUACAGGGGAACACCAGCUGCACUGCUGUGGUACACAAUCUUGUGUCCAGCAGAGCCGUGCUUCUUGGUGGCGUUUCCCUCGUUAUACUCCUCUUUACCCGUGUUUACCAGACCACUAACUCGCUUCUGGGUUUAAUCAAACCUCUAUUGAGGUGCCAUAGCUUUAUGAUCCUAUUAGGAUCAUGUCGAUGUGUGUUAUAAUGUGUUGUGUUCAGAUGCCCUUACAUGUAUUUUCCUGAGGUUAAGCAGGCUUCGGGCCAGUAUGAGGUUUGUUGAGCGUAUGGAGGGGGUUGGCACCACAUCGCACUGUAAUACUACACCGUGCCCUUAUACUCACAUCCAGCAUUAUGGAUAGUAGAUCACCUAUUCUUUUCUCAGUUCAACACUAUUUGUGACAAUCAUGCUCCAUUAACUCCAAGUAUUACCACAGUCGUUCUUCCUUUUCAUCUCAGCUAACGUUAAUUAGUUAAUCAGUUUUCAGGAGUCUUUUUUAUGUUAUUAGAACUUAAACCCUGAGAUAUAUGGACAACCAGUGCAGACUGCAUUUAAAACAGGUUAUAUAUUUGUACAUUUCUGUAUCUAUGCAUUUCAUUUUUUUUUCCUCAAUUAUUUUGACUGACAUUUUUUAAGGUCCGUCAUGAAUAACACUGAAAUUCAAGAUGUUUUCUCAGUCUAUACACAUUUUCAGUUCACAUCCAGCACUCCUAAAUUGUUGUCACAAUAUGUGUUUUUUUCUUAGGCCCAUAGGGCAUUAUGUUACACUGUAGCCCUGAUAAAACUUCAAAUAAAUACUAUAUUAUGUCAAUAAAUCAAAAUAGCUUUUCUGGUCUUCCUCAAACAGUUACAGAACAGUUGUAAUACUAGAUAUAUGGGCUGUUACUUGAACUUGAAAAAAAAAAGAAAUAUAGAUUAUAUAUAUUUAAAGCCAGUCAAAAAUGUAAACUGCCCAGUUUGUUGUCUAUCAUUUCACAAUUUUUUUAAAUUAAUUUCUUUUGGGCCUAAAGCAAUUCAGAGUUAUGAGUGGGCAGGUCAAGUUUCAUCAUCAGUAACAUCAAGUUUAAUCCAGUAAACCAACCAUCAUGGAUCCUUUUUGCUUGGAAGUGAAGAGACUUUUCUCCUAGUUGUAUCUGGUGUUGAUGUCUUGGCCUGAGUUUAUUGCACAUUAAGUGUGUGUGUGUGUGUGUGUGUGUGUGUGUGUGUGUGUGUGUGUGUGUGUGUGUGUGUGUGUGUGUGUGUGUGUGUGUGUGUGUGUGUGUGUGUGUGUCACAAUGCAAUGAUAGUGUCAUGUGACUGAGAUUGAGUGAUAUAUUCUGAUGGUGAAGUCUAAUGUUCUCAAAUAAAUCACUGGGCCUCAUUUUUGAAAUGCAAACAAAGCAAUUUUAUACUUCUAUAUAUUUAUUGUGUUUUUGUUUUGUUUUGAUAUAUUUUUUGUCAAGAUGUAUCAUUUUCUAAAACGCCUCCUGCAAAUCUGUUUGUUUCACUGACAACUGGUAUGCCAAUUCUAAUUGGUUAGAAUUUGGUGUUUACACAGAGGACCCUGAAAUGGCUUAUAGAUAGCCAUUUUAAUCAUAUUCUUACAAUAUCAACUUGCAUUUACAAAGAUUUCAUCAAUGAGGCCCGGUCUGUUCAACUCCCCUAUGAACUAUAUCCUGUCUUAGUGCAAAGUCCUAGCUCUGGUUAAUGCUGCUUCACACCCACCAACAUUGGAUGAUGCAGCUGUUUUUUUUUUUUUUUUUCAGUGUUUAACCCCAAAAAAUGUGCAUUACAUCUGUUUCAUUGUGUUUCCUUUGUUUGUUCCUUCGUUUGUUCCUGAAAUGUAUUUAGACAAUAAAAAGUAUAUACUUAUGUUUAA